AUGACGUUCUGGAUGGGGGGAGAGGACGUUCUUGCGAUUUUUUCCAAAUUUCGAAAUUACAGAAUCAAAGCAUGUCUGUUUGAUAUGGAUGGUCUCUUAGUCAAUACGGAGGACAUCUACACUAUCACCUGUAACGAGAUCCUAGAGAAGUACAACAAGGGACCCUUAACAUGGGAUGUAAAAUUACAGUUACAAGGGUUACCAGGGUUUGAAGCUGGAACCAAAUUGAUCGAACAUUAUGAAUUACCUUUAACAUUUGAAGAAUUUAAUAAUAUGAAUGUAAUCUCUCAAGAUUUGAAAUGGCCUACUUGUGAAUUCUUACCUGGUGCGUUAGAACUAUUGAAUUAUCUUCAUGAGAAGAAUAUUCCAAUUGCAUUGUGUACAUCUUCUAACAAGACUAAAUUUCAUGCAAAGACUAGUCAUUUGACUGAAGGGUUUAAGUUAUUUGAUGCCGUUACUACAGGAGAUGAUCCAAGAUUGGCUAACGGUAGAGGGAAACCAUGUCCUGAUAUUUGGCAAAUCGGUUUAAAGAAAUUGAAUGAUAAAUAUGAUACGAAUAUUACACCGGAUGAAUGUAUCGUCUUUGAAGAUGGUAAGCCUGGUGUUGUAUCAGGUAAGGCCUUUGGUGGUAAUGUUGUUUGGGUUCCUCAUCAUGAUGCAUAUGAUCAUUUAGGUGAUGUUGAUGCAUUCUUAGAAGGUAAAGGUGAAUUAUUGCAUUCUUUGGAAGACCUUGAUAAAGCAAAGUAUGGUUUGUGA